ACAACAGAACGAGCUAGAAGUGCGUACGUUUCGUCGAAGACGCCGGUUCUGAAAUCAUGUUUUAACGCAGCGCAAAGCUGCUCAUGUAAAGACGCCACGAAGACGUUUUUGUCAAAAGCAUCCGGAAGCUCUUCACGGUCGAAACGCAAUAUUUGAGUGACGUUAUGUGGUGGCCUUGGCCCCUCGUGUCUGUUCUGGUGCUGUGCUCUCUCUUGUCUGUGGGCACUGUGCGGACCGCACCCUGCCAGACCUGCCGCAAACUUACAAACAGCUUCAUAAAGGGCUUGGAGCGAACCGCUAAUAAGAAUUUUGGUGGAGGGAAUACGGCUUGGGAAGAAGAGAAAUUGGCAAAAUAUGCACGUAGUGAAACCCGUCUGUUGGAGAUCGUAGAGGCUGCAUGUGAAAAGUCAGACUUUGACUGCAACAAACUACUGGAGCAGAUUGAGGAUCAGGUGGAGACCUGGUGGUUUCGCAGGCAGCACGAAGCACCAGACCUGUUUGAAUGGCUGUGCAUUGAGGAGCUCAGACUGUGCUGUCCACCAGGACACUAUGGACCGGAAUGUGCAGAGUGUCCGUUAGGUCCUGGGGGCGUGUGCGGUGGUCUUGGUCGAUGUGAGGGUGAGGGCACACGUCUGGGAGAUGGAGAAUGUGUUUGUGACCCAGGAUACUCAGGUCCCCUGUGUCAGGACUGUGCUGAUGGACACUACAGAGAAAAGAGUUCCAAUCACACACAACCACCCUGCUCAGCUUGUUUUAACUCCUGUAAAAAGUGCACUGGUCCACAAGACAACAAAUGUCAAGACUGUAAGCCUGGAUGGAUCCUUCACAACAACAAGUGUGUUGAUGUGGAUGAGUGCGGGACUGAGUUAGCUCGAUGUCCAUCUAACACCUACUGCUUCAACACAGAUGGCUCUUAUGAAUGCAGAGGUUGUGAUCAAGCAUGUGUCGGCUGUAUGGGGAGUGGACCUGCUCGCUGUAAGAAAUGCUCUCGAGGAUUCAGGCUCACUGGUGUAAAGUGUCUAGACAUUGAUGAGUGCUCUGAAAAAGCACUUGCCUGUCCUGGACUCAAUGAAGCUUGUGUUAAUGAGGUGGGAUCCUUCCGCUGCGAGUGUGCAGAGGGAUAUAUUCGACGAGAUAGUAUUUGUGUGGAGAAUCUACCACCUACCGGUCCAGAUCAGGGUCUGUUUGAUGAGAUGACGGACGACGAGAUCCUUGUUCUGCAGCAGAUGUUCUUUGGGGUCGUGAUCUGCGCACUAGCUACUCUGGCUGCCAAAGGAGACAUGGUCUUUACGGCCAUCUUUAUAGGAGGUGUGGCCGCAAUGGCAGGAUACUGGAUUUCUGAGAAAGGCGAUCGCGUGCUGGAUGGCCUCCUUAAAGGGCGCUAAUGAUUCAGACAUUAGGAGACUCAAAUGCGGAUCAUGCCAAGCUGUCAGGCAAUUCAGACAUUUAGAAACGCCAUAGACUCUGGGUUUGUUAGCUGACGCUGUAGCAAUGCAUGUCAAUCAGGGAUGCUACGGGUUGGGGAUACUGUAAGUGGCAUUAGCUACGCUGCUUUUUGAUGCUCUGAAUUAGUGGAUAAUGAUGUUUGUACCAAGCUUAUUUAUAACACUGUGUUUCAACAGUUCAAUUGCUGCUGUAUUUAAUGAGAUUAGAAUAGGCUUUUUGACACAAGGCAGUGGUUACAUGUUUGGACUGUCCUGAAGAAAAGCAACAGGUACUGUACAUAUUGGCAUGGAUCUUUCUUUUUUGCUACCUUUGUCCUUAAAUUUGUUUAUACAAUAUCAUAUUGGUUUUACAUAAACUGUAAUCAUUUCUGGGUUCCCUUAUAAAACUGCCUGUAGACUUUGGAAGAGAGAUGAGCUUGUUGCUGUGCUUGGAUGUUUUCAACAAAAAAAGAAAAUGAUAUCAUAUGAGAAGAUGCUGAACACUCCAAAAGGAAGGCAGGUAGCUAGCAAAUGAAAAAUCUCUUCUUGCACAUAUGUGAACAUACGUGGGAUGUACAUUCCCAAAUGCAUGAACUGUGACCCUAUCGAUGAUGAUUUCUAGUGUGUUUUAAUUUGAAAUGACACUGGUUGUAUGUUUGUCAAUAUGUUUAAAGCACCAAGUUAUUUGGAUCAUUUUUAUGGGGUCCCAAUAUAUUUUGACCUAAAAAUCUCUGUGACCUGUCCAAACCCUUUUUAUUACUGGAUUUUUUAAAAUACAUUCAUGAUUUUAAAAAUAA